ACUGAAAGUGUCCCUAGGCCAAGAGCCCAGGGCUCCAUACUGCCACCAGGAUGGUGGGUGAAGGCGCCUACCUUAUCUUGGAUCUGGACCGGCGAGGCCAGCGGAGAACCUUUGUGGAGAGAUAUGACCCCAGCCUGAAGACCAUGAUCCCAGUGCGACCCUGUGCAAGGUUGGCGCCCAACGGGGUAGACGACGCGGGGCUGCUCUCCUUCGCCACGUUUUCCUGGCUCACGCCGGUGAUGCUUGAAGGCUACAAGCACACGCUGACCGUGGACGCCCUGCCCCCGUUGUUGCCGUAUGACUCAUCUGACACCAACGCCAAAAGAUUCUGUGUCCUUUGGGAUGAAGAGGUAGGAAAGGUGGGUCCUGACAAGGCCUCUCUGGUCCGAGUGGUCUGGAAAUUCCAGAGGACACGUGUUUUGGUGGAUUUUGUGGCCAACAUCCUGUGCAUCGUCAUGGCAGCCAUAGGACCGACGGUUCUCAUUCACCAAAUCCUGCAGCACACAGAGAGCACCUCCGGGAGCGUCUGGGUUGGCAUCGGCCUGUGCGCAGCCCUGUUCGCCACCGAGUUUGCCAAAGUCUUCUUUUGGGCCCUUGCCUGGGCCAUAAAUUACCGCACAGCAAUCCAGUUGAAGGUGGCCCUCUCCACCCUGGUGUUUGAGAACCUGGUGUCCUUCAAGACCUUGACUCACAUCUCCGUUGGCGAGGUGCUCAAUGUACUCUCGAGCGACAGCUAUUCCUUGUUUGAAGCUGCCCUGUUUUGUCCCUUGCCAGCCACCAUCCCUAUGCUAAUGGUCGUUUGUGCGGUGUACGCCUUUUUCACUCUGGGGCCCACGGCUCUCAUCGGGAAGUCCGUGUAUGUCGUCUUCGUCCCCAUCCAGAUGUUUAUGGCUAAGCUCAGCUCAGCUUUCCGAAGAUCAGCAAUUUCGGUGACAGACAAGCGAAUUCAGACGAUGAAUGAGCUUCUGACCUGCAUCAAGCUGGUUAAAAUGUACGCCUGGGAGAAAUCUUUUACUAACACCAUCCGAGAUAUAAGAAGGAGGGAGAGAAACUUGCUGGAGAAGGCUGGAUUUGUCCAAAGUGGAAACUCGGCCCUGGCCCCCGUUGCGUCCGCCGUAGCCAUCGUGCUGACGUUCUCCUGCCACAUCCUCCUGAGACGCAAGCUCACCGCCCCCGUGGUAAGAGCCGCCCCAGCAUUUAGUGUGAUUGCCAUGUUUAAUGUAAUGAAGUUCUCAAUUGCAAUCCUGCCUUUCUCGGUCAAGGCAGGGGCCGAAGCCAGUGUCUCCCUGAGGAGAAUGAAGAAAAUUCUCAUAGAUAAAAGCCCCCCAUCUUACAUCACCCAACCAGAAGACCCGGAUACUGUCUUGCUUUUAGCAAAUGCCACCUUGACGUGGGAACAAGAAGCCAGCAGGAAAAGUGACCUAAAGAAAGUGAAGAAUAAGAAAAAACAUUUUUUUAAGAAACGGAGGCCGGAGACAGGCAGUGAUUGGAGUCCACCAGCCCAGGGAGUCGCUGGCGCAGAGGAACAAAGCGGCGGCCCCAGAUCAGUCCUGUGCAACAUCAGCUUUGUGCUUAGAAAGGGAGAGGUCUUGGGAAUAUGCGGGAAUGUGGGAAGUGGGAAGAGCUCCCUCAUCGCAGCUCUCCUGGGACAGAUGCAGCUGCAGAGAGGGAUCGUGGCUGUCAGCGGGGCCGUGGCUUACGUCUCCCAGCAGCCGUGGAUCUUUCACGGGACCGUGAGAGAAAACAUAUUAUUUGGAGAAAAGUAUGAUCACCAAAGGUAUCAGCACACGGUCCGCGUCUGUGGCCUCCAGAAGGACCUGAGCAGCCUCCCUUACGGAGACUUGACCGAGAUCGGGGAGCGGGGCCUCAACCUCUCCGGGGGGCAGAGGCAGAGGAUCAGCCUGGCCCGAGCCGUCUAUGCCGACCGUGAGCUCUACCUGCUGGACAACCCCCUGUCGGCCGUGGACGCCCACGUGGGGAAGCUCGUCUUUGAGGAGUGCAUUAAGAAGAUGCUCCGGGGGAAGACCAUUGUCCUGGUGACCCAGCAGCUGCAGUUCCUGGAGUCUUGUGAUGCAGUCAUUUUGUUGGAGGAAGGCGAGAUCUGUGAGCAGGGGACGCACCAGGAGCUAAUGGAGGAGCGGGGCCGCUACGCGAAGCUGAUUCACAGCCUCAGAGGGCUGCAGUUCAAGGAUCCUGAACACAUUUACAAUGCGGCGAUGGUGGAAGCCCUUGCGGAGAUCCCUGUGGAGAGAGAAGAAGAUGCUGGUACAAUAGUUUUGGCUCCAGGACAUGAGAAAGAGGAAGGAAACGAACCUGGAACAGACUCAGAACCUGUAGACACAAAAGUUCCUGUGCACCAGCUCGUCCAGACCGAAUCCCCCUGUGAAGGAGCCACGACCGGGAAGACGUUUCACACCUACAUUAAGGCUUCUGGAGGGUACCUGCUUUCUCUCUUCGCGCUGUGCCUCUUCUUGCUGAUGAUCGGCAGCUCCGCCUUCGGCAACUGGUGGCUGAGUCUCUGGUUAGAUGAGGGCUCCCAGAUGACCUGCAGGCCCCUGAGCAACAAGACCGUGUGUGAGGUUGGCGCAGUGCUGGCGGACGUGGGGCAGCACGUGUACCAGUGGGUGUACGCCGCGAGCAUGGUGUCCAUGCUAGUGUUUGCCAUCACCAAAGGCUGCGCCUUCACCAAGACCACACUGAGGGCGUCUUCCGCGCUGCACGACAGCGUGUUUGACAAGAUCUUAAAGAGCCCAAUGAGCUUCUUUGACACAACUCCCACUGGCAGGAUAAUGAACCGUUUCUCCAAAGACAUGGACGAGCUGGAUGUGAGGCUGCCGUUUCACGCGGAGAACUUUCUGCAGCAGUUUUUUAUGGUGAUAUUUAUUCUCGUGGUAUUGGCUGCUGUGUUUCCUGCUGUCUUGCUCAUCGUGGCCGGCUUUGCUGUGGGCUUCCUCAUUCUUUUACGCGUUUUCCACCGAGGCGUCCGGAAGCUCAAGCAGGUGGAGAACGUCAGCCGGUCGCCCUGGCUCUCGCACAUCACCUCCUGCAUGCCGGGCCUGGGCGCCAUCCACACCGACGACAAACUGGACGAGUGCGUCAGCAGCCACCUCCUCUACUUCAACUGUGCUCUCAGGUGGUUUGCCCUAAGGAUGGAUUUCCUCAUGAACAUCGUCACCUUCAUUGUGGCCUUGCUGGUGACCCUGAGUUUCUCCUCAAUCAGUGCUUCGUCCAGAGGCUUGUCAUUGUCUUACAUCAUCCAGCUCAGCGGCCUGCUGCAGGUGUGCAUUCGCACGGGAGCCGAGACCCAGGCCAAGUUCUCCUCCGUGGAGCUGCUGCGGGUGUGUAUUGCGACCUGUGUUCCCGAAUGCACUGAUCCCCUCAAAGUGGGGGCCUGUCCCAAGGGCUGGCCCAGCUGUGGGGAGAUAACCUUCAGCGACUAUCAGAUGAGAUACAGAGACAGCACCCCCCUUGUUCUCCAGGGGCUGAACUUGAACAUACAAAGCGGGCAGACAGUUGGGAUUGUCGGAAGGACGGGUUCUGGAAAGCCGUCGUUAGGAAUGGCCUUGUUCCGCCUGGUGGAGCCAGCCAGCGGCAGGAUCUUCACUGAUGAGGUGGACAUCUGCACCAUCGGCUUGGAAGACCUCAGAACCAAGCUGACUGUGAUCCCCCAGGAUCCUGUCCUGUUUGUAGGUACAGUAAGGUACAACUUGGAUCCUUUCGAAAGUCACCCCGACGAGAUGCUCUGGCAGGUUCUGGAGAGAACGUUCAUGAGAGACACAAUAAUGAAGCUCCCAGAAAAAUUACAGGCAGAAGUCAUGGAAAAUGGAGAAAACUUCUCAGUGGGGGAACGUCAGCUGCUUUGUAUGGCCCGAGCGCUUCUCCGUAAUUCAAAAAUCGUUCUCCUCGACGAAGCCACCGCCUCCAUGGACUCCAGGACUGACGCGCUUGUUCAGAGCACCGUCAAGGAUGCCUUCAAGGGCUGCACGGUGCUGACCAUCGUCCACCGCCUGAACACGGUCCUCAACUGCCACCGAGUCCUGGUCAUGGAGAGUGGGAAGGUGAUCGAGUUUGACAAACCCGAGGUCCUUGCUGAGAAGCCAGAUUCGGCAUUUGCCGUGCUGCUAGCAGCAGAAGCGGGACUGUAA